GCCUGCGCAACCUCAACUGGUGCGUUUAGCUGGCUGAGCUCUGGCGUAAACAUGGCGAAUAUCGGGCAAAUUGUGAGGUUUUAAUAAAAAUAAAUAAAUGUCCUGGUGUUGCGGAUCGCGAAAGACAUAAGUUACGAGACUGUCGGUGAAAUAAUGGGGAAGAUACACAACUAAAUUAUAGGGGUCAAAAGCGGACUGAUUGAACGAAGUGAUGGGGAAGCAGAACAGCAAACUCAAACCCGAAGUAUUGGAAGACCUCAAGCAGAAUACGGAAUUUUCAGACGCCGAGAUCCAGGAGUGGUACAAAGGCUUCCUGAAGGACUGCCCGAGCGGCCACCUCUCCGUCGACGAAUUCAAGAAGAUCUACGGCAACUUCUUCCCGUACGGCGACGCCUCCAAGUUCGCCGAGCACGUUUUCCGCACAUUCGACGCCAACGGCGACGGCACCAUCGAUUUCCGGGAGUUCCUGUGCGCCCUCUCCGUCACCUCCAGGGGCAAGCUCGAGCAGAAGCUCAAAUGGGCCUUCUCCAUGUACGAUCUCGACGGCAACGGCUACAUCUCCAGGCAGGAGAUGCUCGAAAUCGUCACGGCGAUUUAUAAAAUGGUGGGGUCGGUGAUGAAGAUGCCGGAGGACGAGAGCACGCCGGAGAAGCGCACCGACAAGAUCUUCCGACAAAUGGACCGCAACAAGGACGGCAAAUUGAGCCUCGAGGAAUUCAUAGAGGGCGCGAAGAGCGACCCGUCGAUCGUGCGACUGUUGCAGUGUGAUCCCCAAGCGCAGUAAGCGAAUUCGAAAAGAAAGAAUUGUAAGAAAAAACAACAACAACAACAAAGUUCUCUCUUCGACGGUUCGCUCUCGGCCGGCGCCCACGAACUUUCUCAUACAGUUUUUUUUUAAUCGUGUUUUAUUUUUAAUUUUUUUCGUUCCGUUCUUUAGUUUGUAUACAUCAAACCACUCUUGUGUGAUCGCGGGGGUAACUCGGCAAUGUCCCGGUUUUUUCGUCGUUUGUACAAUUUUUAAUGAUGUAGCUGGAGAUUUUUACUGAAACGCUGAUUGAAUACUCAAUGCAUUUAAAUCGGGAAUUGAUGCAUUAGGUUUCCGUUCGAAUCACGCCGGUUGAAAUUCGACCCGGUUUAUUUGUACAAUACCGUUACGGGAGGAAUUUUAAUGCGACCGAUACACCGACGCAGGGCUCGUUGAUUACUCAGUAUUUCAUUUUUAAAAAAAGUAUUAUUGAGAUUUAUCGGACGUGCCGAAGAAAAUGUGACUUUCAAUUUUUAUCAGUGUACUUAUCGGAUUAGUGUAUAAAUCUAUAAGAAAAAUUACUCUAUAGCAUAUUUAUGCAGUAUCGGAAUAGCACUAUUCCGUCUACAAUGUGUAAUUAGCAUAAUAAUAUUCCACAUAAGGAAAUAUACAGGGUGUCCCGCUUAAGAAUCGACCCAGAGCAGGAGAAGCCUUUAACACAUAUAAAAAGAAAGUUACAUUCCUGAGAAGUUAUAGACCUUUAAAAACGGUAAAAAGAAUAAAGUUAUGUACACUAUAUUAGGCUGUAUUAAGUUAAAGGUGGGUUAAACAACAUAUUUUGAGCUCCCCUACAAGCCUAUGUGUCGGUUCUUAUGCGGGACACCCUGUAUAAUCAUUAAUUUAAUACAUACUGCAUACAAUCCGCACGAUAUACGAGUAAUUAACGUAUUAUAGAUUAAUAAAAACUUUCUGAUACUGCAUAAAAUACACGUUAAAGAUAGAUUAUGACAACCCUAAAAAAAAUAGGGUAGGAAAAAAUUAAUCUGCACGUUUUCUCGUUACGUUGUGUUAUUUCGAUUUCUAAGUGUUUAUCGGUGUGAUGUAAGUACUGCUAAAUUUUCCUAAGCGUGUAUUAACUAUUUGGUGUUCAGUAAAAAAUCACACAUCACGUGAUUUUUCAUUAUAAAAUAAAAGCCGCGGAUUGUUAACUCAUCCUCGCAUAGUUUUAGCGACAUACAUAUUAUAUUAUAUAUAUAUUUAAACUUUAAAUUAAUAUUUAGCGUUGAUAAGCAGAAAGAUUUUUGAACGAAACUCUUUUGUGCGGCGAUUCCGGCGCGAAUUCGCGCCCGGCGACGUUUUCCUCUUAUCAUUUCGCGAAUUUUAAUGUCCGCCUCGAGAGCUUCGAAUAGGUAUCUAGUCCGCCAUCUUGUUUUCGGGAUUUUUUAGAUGAGAUGGCAAUAGCUUGUAAGUUUUUUACGGUUUUACGAAUUACUACUAGUUCUCUCUCUUGAGAUAGUCGGUUGAUGAUCUGAUUGUGGGUGUAUUAGGAAAUUGUAGUAUUUAAAUGGAGUCUUGAAGGCUAUGAUUACUUACAGUAAAAUCCUACGGAAUUGUUGCCAACUUAAAAUUUUGCUCUGGUCAAAACCACGGUCUUACAUACAGGUCUGGAAACUCUGCGAUUUUCGAGUAGGGUUAAUUUUGAAUUUCUUGUAAGCUGUGUUACACUUCGGUAAAAUGGAAAAAAUUUAAAUUUGGUAGGCAAAAUGGCGGAAUGAACUGACCUGUUAUAUACGACCGUGGAUCAUACUGAGCAAUUGUUGCCAACUUAAAAUUUGCUUUUGUAAAACGAGGAAUUGUUGCCAACUUAAACUUGUAAAACGGAUUAUACUGUACAUGUCAUAAUGUCCAAUUGACUUGUUUGAUGAAUACGCUCGAUAAAUUCGUUUUAAUGAAAUCGACCAGAACUGUAGCAAACUGUAGUAUUUUAGAAGAUCUAGAAGAUUUCGAGAUGUCUCAUCAGACGUCGGGAACAUAUCUUCAAAGUACGAGACCAAAAUUUCGGCUUUCCUUAUUGAAAAUCGUUUCGUUCGGGAAAAUUCGCGAGCGCGGAAUUCUCGCCGGAAUGCGCCGCUCAUACCUUUUACUGAACUUAUUAUAAGAUCCUUCUACCUUACUGUUUCUCUCUAUAUUGUAACCAAAAUAAUCUUAUUCGAAUAUCACUUAAAUGUUACUGUUUUCAAAGUUUUUAAUGUGAUUCGAAGGAAGUUAUCCGGAGCGGUUUCGAAUCGACUGAUUAUUCGAAACCGGCUCUCGUUUGUAGAUGGUCUAUUUUAAACUGGUUUUCCUAAAUAUAUAGUUGUUAAUAUUGAUGGUAUAUGGUGCUUAUAAACAGGAUAGUGUGGUACAGCACAUUAGGCUUCUACGUUAUUUAACUUUUGCUCUCUUCAAGUCAAUUCGAAAAGUCGAAGAUAAGAUUUAAGGAUUAUUAACGUAAUAGUAGAUAAGUGAGAUGCUUUCGGGCUUUUGAAGAUUUUCAUUUUACGAUUAUUUGCGAGCUUCGCCACAGGAGCGAUAUCAAUUAUUAAACGAGUACAAUUACAGCUGUAUCAUAAUUAAAAUGUAAUCAAAAUAUCAGGUAAAUAAGUGCGUUUUAGUCGUAAAACUUUUAGACGAAUUUUUUUUAUAUAAAAGCCAAAGUUGAAAGUUAGAUAAACGUAGUCGCUCGCCCAGUUUUAGAAGUGGUAUCGCCUGUCCUUUUUCCACCUAUUACAAAUUUUCGGAGAACUCUUCCGGGGCGCUUUGGAAUCCGUUCCGAAUCUCAUAGAAAAAUCAAAAUUUGCUCCAAAAAUACGAGGGAUGUUUCCGAAGUUCCCGGAACUUUGGAAACGUCCCUCGUACGGGUUCUAGACAACUAGCGUGCAUUUUUGCCUGGCAAAAGGAACAGUUCUCCGCCCAAUUGCACUUUUUUUAACCUCCAAUAGGAUAUGUUCGAUUAAAGCGUGUCAGUUAUCCGAAAUGCGGUGUGUAUAAAACGAUUCAAGCUCUUAGACAUUGUCCAUAACGGUGAAUUGUAAGUACUUUAUUCCCCGAAGAAUGAGAAGUGUUGAAAAUUAAUCGGAUAUUGCCGGACAACUAAUAGGCUAGCCGUAGAAACCAAUUAGUAAUUUAUUUAACUUAUUUAAUCCGUUACGGCUGAUCGUUUUUUACGUCCGAUCUCGGGGAAAUUUAUCAAAAAUAUCGGGGCUAAAGUACUUACAACUCGCCAUAACUAACGAAUUUUUUAAAACAUUAGCGAAACCUCAACUGGCAUGUGUUUAAAAAAAAAUAAUGGCCAACUGCAGAAACCUAAGAAUUACUGAUAUUUUAACAUUGAACGCCCCUACGUUAUGGUAGGCGCUGGAAUUUAGAUAUUAUUAAUUGUUUUAAGUGGAUUUAACGCAAGGACUGCGAAAUCGCGCCCUUGCAUAAGGAGUACUUACUUUUUGUACUGCGAUAAAGAUGCUUGCAAGAAUCCGAAUAGGAAAAUUCAUCGGGUUUUUUUUAUUGAUAAAUUCUCUCCCGUGCUGGUUUCAAAGACUACAAUAAAACAACGCAAACACUUUUGCAUGAGAAUGGUAUCCUUUAAUAGAUUUGUUUCGCUUCGCUCUGUCGAUUCUUUCGUUUUACAUUCAAAUUUCUAGGGUUUUUAUCGAACUUAGGUACCUAAUUUUUAUGCGAUGAGUGCCUUCUAGCUUUCGACGGUCGUGUGUAAAUUUCGCAGGUUCAUUCACUGCCUUCUGUAAAGUAACUGUACUCGACUUCUCAUAGGUUUUUUGAGCAUAAAUUUAGAGAAAAAAAUCGAGUUGAAGUGAAACAAUCACCGCAAAUUGACGGGAAUAGCUGAUGAUACAUCUCACUGCUUCUGUUGUGAUGAUACGAAGAAAAUUUCAGCCGGUUUAUGAGUCCAUCCAGUGAGUUAAAUGGGACUAGGUGGAAGUAAUAAAAUCAAAACUAGAAUCUCGAGGCCAACUCUACGUAUUAAAGGCCUAUUCUUUGACAAUAAUACUACCACGUUUCUCUACUGUCGAACAAAAUCAAUUCCAAGUACGAGAGGAAUAUUUUUUUAGUCAAUACUGCACUAAACAUUCCAUGCAAUUCCAGUUAUUCUCGUCGAUAUUAAAGGAUAUUCAAUUCGCUUGAUUACAACGCGAAAAAGUGGCCUAAAAUAACCCACAAAAAAUGCAAUAGCUCUAGUCGUUACGUUCGUUUAAUUUAUUAUCGAAAUUAGUGUUUUUUUUUGUACUGCAGGCCGUCCAAUGGGCCUUAGCACAAAAGAAUAUGUGCAAGCACACACACAAAUAAACACAAAACACACAUACACACACCGAACAUGUCUUGAUCUUCCCUAAGUCUUGCGCGCGAUUGUGGUUUUCAUUACCAAAAUGAACUUACUCAUCUAUUACAUGUAAUACCAAAAUAAAAUUUGCUGG